UGACACAUCUGUCAGGGGACAGCAUGGCGGACAUGCAUGUGGAGACUCAAAACAAAUUGCAGCGAUUGUCCAGCUAACCCCGCCGCGAGUUACCAUCCAGACCGCGCGUCGAGCCGGGCCGCCGGCCUCCGAAGCAGCCAGCAGGAUGGACGAGGAGCUCAAACUGCAGUUCCCGUCGCUGCCCGCGACCAAGGAGGACCUUCUGGACUGGGCUUAUCCGAUGAGAAGAGACAUGCAGGAGAUCCUGCCGGGACUGUUUUUAGGUCCCUACUCUGCCGCAAUGAAAAGCAAGCUGCCAAUUCUUGAGAAACACGGCAUAACGCACAUCGUGUGCGUUCGCCAAGACAUUGAAGCCAAUUUUAUCAAACCUAAUUUCCCUCAUACGUUUAGAUAUCUUGUAUUAGACAUUGCUGACAAUCCAGUGGAAAACAUAAUCCGCUUUUUUCCUAUGACGAAAGAAUUUAUUGAUAGCUGCUUAGCAACAGAAGGAAAGGUACUCGUUCAUGGUAAUGCAGGGAUAUCCAGAAGUGCUGCCUUAGUGAUUGCAUACCUGAUGGAAACAUUUGGAAUGAAAUACAGGGAUGCAUUCAGCCACGUCCAGGAGAGGAGGUUCUGCAUCAACCCCAACGUGGGCUUCGUGCAUCAGUUACAGGAAUAUGAAGCAAUCUACCUAGCCAAAUUGACCAUUAAGAUGAUGUCGCCGGUGCAGCUGGGCAGGUCGUUCUCCCUCCAAGCCGGGAUGCCAGGAAGCCGCAAACGCACCCUGGAGGAAGACGAGGAUUUCGGAGCAAUGCAGGUCACGGCGGCGCAGAACGGAUGAGCGCCGCCGCUGUCCAGCUGCGUGGCACAGUGCACUCGUUUUUUUUUUUUUUUUUUGUUACAUUUUUAAUGGGAUUAAAAAUGUAAAUAUUUGAACUGUUUUUGUAGGGGGGCGGGAGGGAGGCCACCCAUGUCUGAGACAUGGGCUACUGAUGUGGGGGGUGGGGAGGGACCGGGGCAACGUUUGAUAACUCCUUUUGUUUCUUUCUUGAGCUGUAUGCACUGACGGGAGGUUUUUUGCAGUUUUAUAGUAUUUAAAGCAUUUUUGCAUUUGCAGCGGGACAGUAUUGCAAUAAUGCACUUUCAAUACUUGAAUUUGUGUAGACGUGCAGACGAGAGGGGUCGUUGGCAAAAAAAAAAAAGGGAAAAUAGCCAAGACGCCACACAGCGGAGGACACGAGAAGACGAAUAGCUGUUGCCUUUAUUUUGGAUGUAAUAGGAGUAUGGACUAAUAUCAGGCUUAAUGUGUUUUAGUAUAAAAGAAUGAAUGAAAACUCACAGCUUAAUAAAAACAAGUCCUAAGUUUG